GAGACAGAGGAGUGUUGUUGGGUCCAGUGUGCUCAGCUCGGCCGUGAGUGGACUGUUACCGAGCUCCGGAUGCAAUAGGUCAACGGUGCCAAAUUAUUUUAAUUCGGUUUCUGCGCUCGCUCCCGCCGGAUGCCGAUUGCGACCAAAAAUAAACCGCCUUUUAAAAAAUAAACAUGGGCGGGAUUCAUUUUGCAUCGCCGGAUCCAAAACGAUGAAACUGAGCUACAUUUAGCGACAUUGCUGUAAAUAUCCAUAUUUAUACUCGUGCUGAACACUGGAAGAGAUCGGGGAUUGUUCUGAGGAAGGACCCGCGCUUAUAGCGCAGCACGCGCCGGUGUGAAUGGACGCAUUGUCCUUCUUCUCUCACCCUUCUCCUUCAUCUGGACGGAUUUUCUCCGCAUUUGUCCCUCACGGGUUCUUACUUUCAUCAUCGUGUAGUAAACGAGACGGUGUGUUGCUGUUUAACACGGUAACAUUGGAGGUCUCCUGAGGCAGUGAUGAAGCCCGAUCACGCGUACGGAGAGAUGGACAUUCUGAAGCUUUAACAUCUCUGGAUUGCUCGUGAUAACUGUGUUUACUGGGCUUUAAAGGCUUGUUUUGGAUUAAAUCGUCUAUACUGAUUAUCUGUGGUAAAUCCGCCAAAUCCUGUUUUGGGAGUCGCGCGCGUCUUCGGGAUGAGAGUCGUUGCUGGAAAAUCGGCGUUAAGAGACGGGACACAUUCUGCAUUGUGAUGAGAUUUCCUGGUCUUUAAAACACACGUAUCGUUUUAUAUAAAAAUAAAACAGAUUUUGAUAAUGAGGUAAUAAGACUCUGAAGGUGGAGAUUUGGACAUCACACCACUGAGGAUCUCGUGCGCUUCUCUGAACUUGGAGGCGUUUGAUGCUCCGGGACAGAGGUGGCAUCACUCCAGUUACCCAGAAGACCUUGAAAAGACAAGAGAUGGCCUUUUGAGAUGACUGACACUGGAACAGACUUCAUAUCUGGAUCUGGAAGCUGAUGUAUCAUGGAGAGGCUUGUGAUUUGUGUGUUGGUGUUUGGUGCGCUGGUGAAGGCUCAGCAUUGCCCGGGUCGAUGCAUCUGUCAGACCAUCUCACCCACACUCACCCUACUGUGUGCUAAGACUGGGCUUCUGUUCGUGCCGCCGACCAUCGACCGCAAGACCGUAGAGCUUCGCCUGACCGACAAUUUCAUCACGGCCGUCCGGAGGAAAGACUUUAUGAACAUGACGAGUCUGGUGCAUCUUACGUUGUCACGCAACACCAUCAGCCAGAUCGCUCCGCACGCUUUUGUGGGACUUAAAUCUUUGAGGGCGUUGCACAUGGACGGAAACCGCCUGACGGUCAUUUACAGCGAUCAGCUGAAGGGUUUGAUCAACCUCAGACACCUUAUACUGGGCAAUAAUCAGAUUCACAUGGUGGAAGUGUCCUCUUUCGACGAGUUUGUUUCCACCAUAGAGGACUUAGAUUUGUCCUACAACAACCUGAGGACAUUGCCAUGGGAGGCUAUAGCCAGGAUGACAAAUAUAAACACAUUAACCCUGGAUCACAAUCUAAUCGAUCACAUCGGAGCAGGGACCUUUACGCUACUCACCAAGUUAGUACGGUUGGAUAUGACAUCAAACCGCUUGCAGAAGUUGCCUCCCGAUACUCUCUUCCAGCAUGCCCAGGUGCUGUCCGACCCAAAGAUGUCCAGUUCAUCCAAGCUGACCGUGAGCUUCGGCGGCAACCCUCUUCACUGUAACUGUGAGCUGCUCUGGUUGCGUCGCUUGACCAGGGAAGACGAUCUGGAGACAUGCGCUUCUCCGGAACAUCUGAUGGAUAAAUACUUCUGGUCUAUCCAGGAGGAGGAGUUCAUAUGUGAGCCCCCUCUGAUCACCAAACACCAGGUGACCAAAUCCUACGUCAUGGAAGGUCAGGGGAUCACAUUGAAGUGUAAAGCGAUGGGCGACCCUGAACCCGCAAUACACUGGCGCUUUCCGGAUGGCAAACUGGUACACAAUAAUUCUCGUACAAUUCUGUAUGAAAAUGGCACUCUGGACAUCCUGAUAACCACCCUGAAGGACAGCGGGGCUUUUAACUGCGUUGCAUCUAAUGCAGCCGGGAUCGCGACGGCCGCCGUGGAGGUCACCAUGAUUCCGUUACCGCUGUUCGUGAAUAACACGGGACACAUGAAGGAGGCGGACCCGGGCCUCUCUGACAUCACAACCUCCACCAAAUCUGGCAACAAUGACACAAAGUCCCAGAACAAAAGGGUCAUGGUUGAGGAUCUAACUUCCAAUUCGGCUGUGAUCCACUGGCCAUCGGAACGUCACAUUCCUGGCAUCAGAAUGUAUCAGAUCCAGUACAACAGCACCAUAGACGACACACUAGUGUACAGAAUGAUUCCCUCUUCGAGUAAGACAUUUAAGAUCAACGAUCUGGCUGCCGGUCGAGAAUACGAGCUGUGCGUGUUGGCCGUUUAUGACGAUGGCAUCACGUCUCUGACGGCAACGCGUGUGGUGGGCUGCGUUCAGUUCCACACGGCGGCCGAGGCCGGUCAGUGCCGCUUCAUUCACAGUCAAUUCCUCGGUGGAACCAUGAUCAUCAUCAUCGGUGGAAUUAUCGUGGCGUCUGUCCUUGUCUUCAUCAUCAUACUCAUGAUCCGGUACAAGGCCUACAGCGGUACAGACGGCGCUAAAGCCAAAGCGCGAACCGGAUCCGCCGCGCACGUCCAGUCGCAGACAAACGGGAGUCAGGGGCGAACAGGCCGCUCCAGCUCGAAGCAGCGUUCGCAGCCGGGUGAAGAAAGGCCGUGCCGUGAUGAAUCACCCGCAAACACGGACUGCAAGGCGUUGGUCCUGCUAAAGAUGGAGGAGACCAAGGAGGAGCUCAAGGUGGAACUGCCACCCAUCUGCUCGGAAAAAGCGCCGCCCUCCAGGCGAGCCAGCUUGGGCGGGCCGCCCUCCGACGACACCCAGACGGACAGCAGCCUCACAGGCUCCACCAUGUCCCUGUGCCUGAUCGGGCCCAACGCCGGCCCAGCCGAAGCCCCACGCCUCAAGGACAAGAAGGGGGCGUUGGCAAACAUGGGGUUGCUGCCCAGCGAGCUGGCCCGGACUCGGCACAGGUUCUCCUUCGACGGAGACUACGCUCUGUUCCAGAGCAACAGUUACCCGCGACGGGCCCGAACCCGCAGGCACAAAUCCACCACUCAUCUGAACGCUGACGUAUCGCCGCCCUGCAGUCGUAGGGUGACGUUUAGCAGUACGGAGUGGAUGUUGGAGAGUACGGUGUGACGGACCAAUGGCACACACGCAUGCGUACACACACAGGACAUCCCAGUGAAACUAAGGCAUGUCUACACACAGAUGUAGAUGUGUAUACAUAUAGACGUUGUUGGGGUCACACAUUGAUCUCUACAUGCCGUUAAAAACAAAUUAUGACAAUGUAGCUCUGUUGUAAAACCUGGUGAGCUGCCUAAAUAGACGGCAUUUGAAGCAAAUCGUGUUCUUGACUUCAAAAGCUGCGUCCUGACAAACUCUAUACGAUAAUUCCUGCGGCUGCGUGUGUCUUAUGUUCAAUGAAGACAGUUGUGAGUGAAAAAUAAACAAUUGCAAUAUAGUGGGUGAUUGAAAUGUAUCGAUGCACUUAAAAAUCAUUCAAAAGUAAAACGUGUUACGAAAAAGUGGAAUCAGCUAUUAAAGCAAUAGUUGCAUAAAAUUGCGCAAAUUGACAUAGCAAAUAAAAAAUACGCCCAGUGGAAGCACAGCAAUUUCGCAUAAAUUUCCAUAUAUCGCUAAAACUUUGUAUGCUCAGGUGAGGCGUUUUUUUCUGAGAAUUCGAAAAAGAAUAUAUCGCAAAACUGUUUUACACAGGUCACCUGAUAAAAGUGCGUAAAUGUCAAAUGAGUAAAAUUAAAGUAUUUUGACGUCAUUUGUAUGUCUGUCAGCUCUGCACCAUAUGAAGUCAAACACACCCAUUGCCAUGGUUUUUGGAAUGACUUAUCGCGUGACAAUAAAAAUGACGCUUUAGUCGCAUGACAUUGGUUAAUGGAAACCCUGUCAUUUCGCAAUAGUUUUUUGUUGAUAUUUGCAAAAUAACGCUAACGUUUUACGCAAAUCUCUAAUGGAAACGUAGCUAAUGAAAAGCUGCAAACCCAUCUCAAAGCUUUUUUAUUAUAAAAAUAAUAUGAGUCGGAUUUCUUUAUUAAUAUUUUCGAUAAUUUAUUAUUAGCCUAUUUAUCUAUGUCGCUUAUUUUAUGUAAAUUUCCAACUUUGUUAGUUUUGAUAAAGCAGUUGUGGUGCUUGUUGUUAUAACUUCAAUCCAUGACUUUAUUUCUCCGUUCCAAACUUUAUGUUUAAAACAUUUAGUGGUUUAACAUUUGCCGAACAAUCUGCCGAUAAGCUUUCUUGCAUCCAAAGAAAGAGAUUCAGGCAGCUCACAAAGUUUUGAAACAGAGCUCACCUUGUGUCAUAUUAAAGAGCACAGUCCGACCUCGCCCUGCUUCCUCCUGCGGUCCUAAAGAGAGUCGGUUACCUUGCCCUUUCAACUACUGCAGCGGUGCCUUAUCUAACAGAUGGACCGGUGGAGGAUGCUGCUACCUGUGGUCCAACAUUCACCUGUGUCCCAUCAGCUCUGGGUUACAUCUAUCACUCGCUCUGGUUUUGUUGGUUUUUAUAUGCUAUGUGAUGCCAAGGGUGCAACAAAGAGGAAGUGACUGAAUGUGUUUUCCUCCGUUGAAAGACAAAACGAUGAUCAAAAUAAACUCAUGAAGGUGAGACGUGUGCGUGUGUGUGCGCGUGUGUGUGUCCAAAACUUUCAAAGACUUUUGCACAGAAGACACGAGACAUAUACGGAUUCGUAUUGCACCAGUCUAUACAACAAUAACAACUAAAAACAUUUACGAAAUAGAUCUAUACAAAUAACCUUUGCUUUUCCAGGAAGAACGGAGCGGGUUUUGUAUAAAGACAUUUACCGGCAGAUGCAGGACUGUUUCUGGGCAAUUUUGUGACUGUAUCAUUUUGUAUCUGGCUGGUCUAGAUAAAAAAAGACAGAACGAAAAAGACAAUGACGACAACAGCAACGACAGAUACAUAUAUAAAUAUAUUAAAAUCUCUCAGUGUAUGUGUUAUAAAUAUAUAAGCGAGUCAUAGUUGACAUGACUUUUUACGAAACAUUUGGAGUGUUGGCGUACGGUUUUUACAUUAAAAACCACUGUCAUCACAAAUUCCCACCUUUAGAGUAUAAAAGUUUGGAUCAUUUAUGCCUCGCAAAAGGGGAUUAAAUUUUUUGUGUGGGUUGACUGUACCAUGUGUUUUGUCUUUUUUAUUCAAGUUUGUUGAAGUUUGUAUAUGUUUCUUGCUUGUAAAAUUACAGUUACAGAAAAACACGCUAACUUUUGCAGCAUCUGCGAAUCUGAUGAACAUCCUGUUAUGAUUUUUCUCUUGCACUUGAAAACAUUUACUCUGUCAAAUAGCCAUCGCACCAUAAAACAUGGCAGCACACAGCAACAUCCAAGGAUUUUCCUUAGGCUUCAUCAAAGCUUUUACUGUGCGCUCACGUGAGACGCGAAUGAA